CUAUGCUGCUAAUGUAAGAGCAGAUUUACAGAACGGGUAACAGAAUAGUAGAAGAGGUAUUCAAUGGUUAUCGUGAAUUUAUGUAUUCCUUCUGUAGACAAAAAAAAAAAAUUGUAUAAAAAAAAUUCUUUAUAAAAUCGUACUGGUAACUCAAAUAUCGAUUGAAAUGUUCUGGGAAUCAAAACGGAACGUAUCGUCUCACCAAAGACUAAUCUGUGGCCCUACAUUACCUUGAAUCGCCAAGAAGGGGUUAUGCUUGCUAGUUAAAGUUUCUUAGAAUAUAAAUUGUUUAUAUUCAAAGUGAAUUCUUCCAUAUUGAAGAAAUAUUGAUAUUUUACUCCACUUGUAAAAACUGCAAUUUUAGUAAAAUGAUAGAUCAUUUGAAGAAAAAAAUACAUGAAGGAUUUAUCAUUUACGAGGAGUAUAAAUGGCUAAUAAAUUCAUAUGUUCUAGACUUCUUCACUGAAAAUCAUUGGUCGAAAUUACCUGACAGCUGGAAAACUAUGAAAGCAUUAUCAAUAAAUGAGGUAGCCGAACUACUAGAUCACAAUAGACAUUCAAAAACGUUUUUAUUUCCUCUAUCAAUACUAGCACUAAAAAAAAUUUUCCAAGAUUUGAAUGUUUCCAGAAUCCCAAUUGGAAAUAUCAAUCCAUCUUGUGAGCUAGUUCAGAAUGAAAAAUUGAUGAACAUGUUUUGGAGAAGUGUGAAACUCAAAAAAAGACAUGAAAUUCUCAUAAUGUCUGAGCUCUGCAAAGAAAUGGCUUCAAAAUCGGAUUGCUUUUAUAUAGUAGAUAUAGGUUCUGGUCUAGGUCAUUUAAGCAGAAUGCUAGCAUAUGGAUAUAAUUUCGAAGUGUGUUCAAUAGAAGCACAAUACAACUUGACAAAGCAGGCGGAAGUAUUUUCAGCUAAUUUCGAUAGGGUUUAUGAGAAAAUUUAUGGUCUACAAAAAAAAAUAAGACUUGUUAAUAUGAGAAUAGAACCUGAUAUAAGCAAUGAGGAGUUUCUGAAUCUGAUUUGUUCAUCAUUUGCUACCCACAGUAAAGAUUUUAAGUUUGGAAUUGUUGGACUGCAUCCAUGUGGAGAUUUGGGGCCUACCCUUAUUCGUUUAUAUAAUGAAAUUCCAAAUAUCAAAUAUAUCAAUAUUGCAGGGUGUUGUUACAUGAAAUUAUCAACAAUAGAAUUUCCCUAUCCAGGUUUUCCAUUGAGCCAAUACUGUAGAGAAAAGAAAUAUGAGUUGUGCUACCAUUCAAAAGAAAUAGCUUGCCACGCUGUAGAAAAUUACAUUGAGAAGCUAUUAGAAGGCGAAUAUUGGAAAUUGAGGAUUCAUGCCUAUCGUGCGACAAUCGAGAAGAUUUUAUCCGAAAUUGAACCUGGGUACAAACAUAUUCCUCUUGCCAAUGUGAAAUACGCUAAAGAUCUGGAUUUUGCCAGUUACUGCAAGAAAGCUACAUCAAAACUAUUGGGCGAUAUCAUAAAUUCUGAUCAUAUUGAAACUGAAGAGAUCCAGGACUGUUUACAGCAAUGGAAUAGUGUUGUGAUAUUUUAUUCAUUCCGUUUGUUCUUUGCUCCCCUUAUUGAAUCACUCAUACUUCAUGAUAGAUUGCUAUACAUGCAGGAAAAAGGUACCAAUGUUGAUUUAAUCCCAGCAUUUGACAACAGAAUAUCCCCUAGAAUGCAUGUUCUACAAGGGUUUAAGGAUUGAAAUUUUUAUUUAAAAAUGGAAAAAACUUUUUUUAAGAGUAGAUUUUGUUUUCUAUUGAAAUAUAUUUAUUUAUACAA